UGCAUGCUUGACCUUCGUUUUCAACAUCACUGAGUUUUCAGCGCAUACGGCGCCUUCAUUCGUUUCAUAGGCUGUGUUCUCAACCUGUGGCUGCUGUUUGGUCAUAUUUUCACAUCAUGGGCCUGUUCAAGAAAACACGCAAUCGCUCCCAGAGCACUGGCUCUCCUUUUCCGCAACCGCUUAUACAAGAUUCGGAUGACGAUGUUAUUCUGCCUAUCGAUGAACACGUCUACCUUACAAAAACUCAAGAUGGCAAACCAGCUCUUGGUCGGAAGAAGACUAGCAGACUUCUGCAGGACUUUGGGUGUGAUAUUCUAGGGCAAAGCUUCGGGGUUCCAUCCCGCAGAGAUUAUGAAGAACGAACCAGGUUGCAAAGUAUCGCAUCCCAGAGCUCGGGUUUAGUCACUGCUCAAGAAUCGCCUCGUCGAAGUGAAGAAGCAUCUUCGGAUGAUGAUGACGAUGACGAUGACGUUGAGUCAAUUGUACCACGUAGGGAGACAAGCAGCAGGAACCCGUCGUCAACGAGUCUCCCUUUUGCAAUGACCCGAUACAAUAAACAAGGCGCUUCACUCCCACACCAGCAAGUUCCGUAUACAGCAGGUCCUACGUUUCCGGCUCCCCCAGCAUUUGGCCAACACUAUUACCCUCCGCCGCCACCUCCUCCACCUCCAUUCGUGACGGGCUGGCCCAACAAUACAGCCACGAAUACUAGCGUACCUCCCGCUCCGAUGAGUUAUUACGGCGCCAACUAUCCUCCUACUCACUUGCCUAGCUACCCUAACAAUGGUACUUCUGCGUGGCAAGGAGGCCCAUUUUGGAGAAACCAGCAAAACCACAUGGCAACCCAGUAUCCUAAUCAUUUCGCAAUGCCCGGCCCUCAAGCUGCUGGAAUACCACCGCUAUCACACUACCAGCAAUUCACACGAGCGCAACCUGCUCAUAUUUCGCACAUGCAACCUAUGCCGUUUAUCCCCCCACCUCCCCCGCCACCUCCGCCGGGGUUGUUCCACGCUCAUGCCACGUCGACGAAGAGAGAAGCAUCCCGAGAUGAUAAGAAACAGGCGAGAAAUGAUAAUCAAGUUGUCGAGGAAACCCAUCACAGCCGAAAUUCAUCGAGGGGCACAAAGCAGACGCACGAAGAACUUGAUGAUAUGAAAGAUACUGAAGAUGUGAAGAAACGUCUUAGCAAACGCAUCCGUCAUGUUCAUCUAUGUGCCGGUUGUGGUGAGAAGCGAUCCACACGAUACCAGAGGGCACAUCCUCUAAAGAGAGGGCAAAUUCCGCCAGUGAACUAUUGCUACCGCUGCUUGAAAGAUGCUGCAGAUACAGACGGCGAUACUUCUGAUGAUGACCUGGGUACCGUUAAUGCUUAUAGAAAGAAAUGCGAACAAGCCGACGUAUCUUGGCCAAAAUCCGACGAGGACGACAUUAUUGACGAGAGCGAACAUUCUUACCAGCAUUCUUACAGAGAAUCUCGCAAGAAACACAAUCGAUUUGGACCUCUUUCCAGGCUUUUCUCUCGCAGGAGUUCUGCCCGUCAGCCCCCUUUAGCGCCUCGGUCAGUGUCUUCAGCGGAAGUAUCAAGAUCGAGAGCCUCGUCCCCUGUAUCAGAUCGGUACGCUGCGCGGUCUUUUUACGAAGCCCCAAAGUUUCCAGCUAUCAACCGUAAUGAAAGGGGUAGAAGCAGAACUAUUCGGGGUUCAAAAGCGGCAGUCCUGCCUGGAUGGGAGAGCACAGAUGCAGAUUCAAGUAGCCCAAAAAAAAGUUCGCCACUCAUACCUAACGAAGAAAAGCACGGUCAGGCUAAAAAGGAGGGUAAGAUUCAAACAACAAGCAAUAAUUUGCCAGCCUUGAACCGGCAUCGCAGUCGAAUCCCGCGACCUCGAACACAACUUAGAUCAUCCAAUAUGGACGUCCUUACCUCAGAGGACACUGAUGGGGGUAAUUUGACGCGUAUACUUGACGAAACGUUUGGUUUAGAUGAUCCUGGAAUGGCGAAACUAGGUCUAGCGUCACAGCCUGCUGGUAUUGAGGCACUGCCAAGCUCUUCGAAUAGGAUCACCCCCAAAGAGACGGCCAGGCCUGCGAAGCUAACAAGCAUCAAUGUUCCUACCGAGGAAGUAGUAAAGAAGUAUGGUCUACUGGCGUCCCAAGGGACCAGCCGCAAGGCUCAAGGUCCACGUGAACAACACCGCAGUGACAGAUCUUCGAGCACACCAGUAACGACAGCUUUGGGGAUUGUGUUGCCAGAGACUACUACUACCGAGACACUCACUGACGACCCAUUUGCCAUUUUUUCCUCCGCGGAUCCGCAAAUUUCAUUGAGCUAUGGUCCCCGUGUCGACGCAGAUCACUCGGACAACUUUUGUCACGAUCCUCGUCGGGGUUCACCCAAAGCCAGAUCACAACGACCAAGUGUCGAUUUAAUAGACCUUCCUGUUGAGCCGGAGGCUACUUUCAACUGGGAACCGCUCACGCCAACGGAUUUGCCCUAUACCGGUGUUUCCCAUUCUCCUCACGUCAUGAGCGACUCGUGGUCAGAGGCUUGCCAGACAGACAUGGAGCGAGAAGUGGAGGAGAUGGCUGAGCGUGACCUGGCAUUUGCGAGUAAGCUCUUCGAUAGUAGUCUCUCCAGCUCCCUGGCUGGUGGUGGCUCAGCAACAACCUCCUCCGCCUUCCCCGUGUCCAGUUAUAUCGCGAGUAACAUGUCGAUAGUGAGCUACAACUCCGACGACUCGGAUAAUGACCACGAUCACGUUGCUACUCCCAGCGCCAUCGACUCUGAGCCAGACGAGGACGUCACGGCGGCUGAUAAGCAGAAGCAUACCAAACAUAUUGAGUUCUCCAGCGAGGAAGAACAGAUCGCGAAAUCGAAAUUGCCAACUGAGCUCACUGUAGCUCGCGUCCGGAAUCGUAACAACCACCGUAUGACUGAGCGCAAGAACACGAACAAGAAUAAUAUGUACAACAUACCUGACGGUGCACAAGACGAAGAACGUAAUAAUGAAGAAGACGAUGUUGUUAAGUACGAUUCGUCACCAAUCGGGUCUUCACUCCUUGGCCACACGGGCCAUUCGAUGGACGACCUCGAUGUACGAAAUACACCACCGCCACCAGCACUCCCCGAUCGACCUGUCACCGACGGUUCUCGCUUGCGCCGCGGCUUAUACCAGCUCGACCACACGGCUUUCCCCACCCUAUUUUAAACUCCCAUUAAUUUUGCCAGAGAGAUCUCCUGGGUUAUAAUUCGCCAGCGGCUAGACGCACAUGUCGAGACUACACUGUCAUGAAUCCAGCGGGGCUUUCCCUCAAUCCUGCUAACCGUGUCCUUGUCGCAAUACCUUCCUACCUAUCUUCUUGUGAACAUUAUGACGAAAAUGCUUCGUUAGAUAGUUUCUGUGCUAAGCUUUUUGCCCGAGAGCACGAAUGAUUCAGGACGAAAACGAGAUGGUUUUCACAAACGCGAGGAGUUGAAAACGCAGGCAGGCUAGUGCGUUAUGUAGAGUAGUAACAACAAAAAGGGGGGAGUAUGGCAUGAGGAUCUUUCCUUGGGUCGUGUUAGGGGAUAGAUGGGAUGUUGCGAUGAGCAGAAAUAUAUAGUUAAUUCAGACAGGGAGAUGAAUACUUUAUAGAGGCUCGUUUUGAUAGUCUGCUUGCUGCAUGUGUCAGAUUUGCA